AUGAAACUGUUUCUCAUCCGCCAUGCAGAAUGCCAGCAUAAUGUGGGCCAAGCAUUAAACACUGGCAACGUGGGCCUGACCCCCCUGGGGCGCGAACAGGCCAAACGUCUUGCUCGGCACUUUCGUGAUCGUCCAAUUUGCUUUAACCGUGUUCUUUCUUCGGAUCUCAGUCGUGCUACCGUGACCGCCCAAGUCAUCUGCCGGUAUCAGCUUCGCAGUGGGCCUCCGCUGGAGCCCUUCCAGACAGCGAAAUUGCGCGAGCAAUGUUUCGGAUGUGGAUCAGUGCCCGUGGCGCCAGAGCGAAUCGAAUCAAUAAACUCGAUGAAGAUGCGGAUCAAUGGGUUCCUGCGAGAUCAGGUCCUCCCCUUGAUGGCCGAUCGCACUACCAGCAGCGAUGCGGUCAUUGGCGUGGUGGCGCAUGGGAUGAUCUUGCAAGUUCUCUGGUCGUGUCUGUCAGAUAUCUUCGGCUCGCAGUCAUUCCAUCUGGCCCAUGCUGCGAGUACUGCAGACUACAUGCACCCAGUGUGGUCCAACACGGGUGUCAUGGAGUUGGAUAUUCGUCCAGGGGGUCCGCCACGUGAGAUGGUGCUGGCAAAUGCCGUGCACAUGAACGUGGAUCCACCCUGGCUCAUGAAGGCCAGACCGCCAACGCCGCUGGGUGGAAGCCCGCCGUUGAUAGGGUGGUCUGUGACCAUCCUGGCGGUGAACAGCACGUUGCACCUGGAGAGAAAUGAAAUGUGCGAAGCUAGGCAAUGCGUGAGGCACCCGCCGAUGGACGAGUUCUAUCGCCUCAUGGGACUGCUUGAAAUGUGA